GCGACUCCAAAUACGUCAAAUAGUUCCCAAGACAAGUUAACUUCGGUCGUUUAUUAACCCACGAAGAGCUUUAAAAAUGAGCGUCCCGAGGACAAGGACUCCGCGGCUCAAAGUUAGGAAACUUUAACAAAGAGUCCGCUUGUUUCGGCUCUCUGUGUGGAAAAGCCUCAUGAAAGGGAGAGUUUUUAUUGUCCUAGCUUGGUGGCUAACGUUAGCUAUUUGUCUGGUGAGUUACAGACAUGGCAACUAGAGGGGAGAUGGCUCUUCGGCAGAAGUACCGUCGCCCUCCGCCGUGCAUAAAGCAGGAGCAGGAUGACGACUCGGACGUGGAGGAGACUCACCUAGGUUUUCGGAGGUCAGACGGGUUGGAGUCUCAGAUCAUCCACAGCGGACACUUCAUGGUGUCUUCGCCCCACAGCGAGCACCCUCCGAAGAAAGGCUACGACUUCGACACUGUCAACAAACAGACCUGUCAGACCUACCACUUUGGCAAGGCGAGCACGUCACAUCUCUCCAUAGACGCCUCUCUCACAAAACUGUUCGAGUGCAUGACUCUGGCGUACAGUGGUAAGCUGGUUUCUCCCAAAUGGAAGAACUUCAAAGGUCUCAAGCUGCUUUGGAGAGAUAAGAUCCGCCUCAACAACGCCAUAUGGAGAGCCUGGUACAUGCAAUAUGUGGCAAGAAGAGAGAAUCCUGUGUGUCACUUUGUCACUCCUCUGGACGGAACGAUGGACAUGGACAUCAAUCGUACCUCAGAGGCGAUGGCAGCAGAAGGGAAGUGUUGGAAAAGAAGAAUUGAAAUUGUCAUAAGAGAAUACCACAAAUGGAGGACAUAUUUCAAGAAAAGGUUACACAAGCACAAGGAUGAUGACCUCUCAAGUUUACUAAAGGGACCAGAGGAGCAGUUCUCGCUGUUUGGGGAAGUCUCUCCAGACAUGCUCCGUGUCUCCUUUUAUCAGGAUGAAGACACAGCUGCACGCCGCCUGCCUCGUAAGAAUAACGAAACACCCGCCCCCAUGGAGAUGGAGCCCCUCUUUGACAUGGAUGUUCUGAUGUCUGAGAUUUCAGACACGCUGUUCUCCACAUUGCAGUCACACCAGCCCAUCGCCUGGCCCAAUCCGAGGGAGAUAGCUCAUGCAGGGAAUGCAGACAUGAUCCAACCAGGACUCAUCCCCUUACAACCCAACCUUGACUUUAUGGACUCCUUCGACCCUCUGCAAGACUUAUUUCACAGCCUCCGUCAGCCCAUCCUCCCCUCUGUUUCCCCCACUGCAUCAUCUGUCACCCCUCUACCCAGCAGCAGCUCUCAGACUCAGGCCCAGCUAAUGUCCAUGCAGCUCCCAGCCAACCACAUCUCCCCUCCUGGCCCCCUGCCCAUCCCCUCUCCCAUGGCCGGUCAAACUAGCCGAGCAGGUGGCAGUGAUGCUGCUUAUGUACAAAACUACAUGCCUCUGUUUUCUGGGCAGGUGGCGCCCAGUGAAGCUGUAGUUUCCACUCAUGAUCCUCUAGAACAGUGCCUCUCGGGUCAGGACAUGGCCUCUGCAUCACCCAUGGUCCCCUCCCCCUUGGACAACACCUCAGUGCUGGGUGAGACUGUAGUGCCGUCUGUGACAGACUCGCCUGCUGUCACACCCAGCAGCACAGCUAACAACUUCAGCCACAGCCCAGAGUAUGGCUCUAUGUCCAGUCAAGCUCAGUCUCAGCCCCAGCCCAUGGCUCCUUUAGCUGCCACUCCUGUGCAGCACCCUCAGACUUUUGCCCUACCUCGCCCCUUUCAUUCAUCAAGUGCCAACAAGAACCGGCCUGUGCAAAGGAUAGCUCCAGCUACCACACUCCCCCAACCCCACCUCAUCUUCACAGGCACUUUCACAGGUCAUCCUAAUGCUGUCAUUGUAACACCCACGCCUCUGAAACAAGAGGUUGUCCAGAAUACAGGAGUGGUCAUCACACCUCAUCUUACAGGGGCUCCUGGAUUUCAUGUCAUGCCUCAGCAGCCUCCACAGUCGACUGUUCCCAAAGAGAAAUCUUUUCCUUCAAGCCGCAAAAAUCAAAAAGCCUCCUCCAGUGUUGUUCAGUCUGGAUCUGGUCAAGGAUCACCUUGUGGAUUAGAUCAAGUCCCCAGUCCACAGGCUCUGAUCAGCAGCAGCAGCACUCAACUGGUAAAGAAUGAACACAAUCAGGGCCGGAGGACAACGCACAUAUCUGCUGAACAAAAGAGACGAUCAAACAUAAACAUCGGCUUCAAAACGCUGUGCAACCUGGUUCCAAGCUUAAAGUCACAAUCAAAUAUCAGUAAUGCAGUCACCCUGCAGAAAACAGUGGAACACAUCGGGAAGCUGCAGCAGGAGAGGCAGCAGCUACAAGAGGAGGUCAAGAGAUUACGAGAGGAGAUAGAAGAGCUCAACACCUCCAUUAACAUGUGUCAGGAGCAGCUUCCUGCUACGGGUGUGCCCAUGAGGCGGCAUCGAACCGACCACAUGCAGGAGCAGUUCAAUGAAUAUGUGAAGAGACGAACUUUGCAGAACUGGAAGUUUUGGAUUUUCAGCAUCAUUAUCAAGCCUCUCUUUGACUCUUUUAAUGGGAUGGUUUCAACUACAAACCGUGCAGAACUCUUUCAGACAACACUGCAAUGGCUCGAUCGUCACUGCUCUCUUCCAGCACUCAGACCCAUGGUGUUGAGUUCCCUUCGCCAGUUGAGCACAACAACAUCAAUCCUUACAGAUCCAUCACUGCUGCCAGAGGAAGCCAUCAAAGCCAUCACUCACACGGACAUAUAGCCUUGCACUCAACGCAGAGAAUGACAUAUCACUACUCUACCUUCUGUCCGCUCAGAAAGGUGACCACGUCUUCCACAGAUCCACCACUUCCACUUCCUGGCUGACCUGUUCGGAUGCUGGUUCUACAUGUAUUUUGUUGUAUAGUGACUCUUGGGAUUAAUGCACACAUGAAGCUUCUGAGAACUUUUUUGCAGAAAUGGUUUUAACAUUUUAUUUUUGAAUGUCAGCGACAGCUGCCACUUUCAUCUAUGUAGGGGAUGAUCUUCUUAAUAUUUCAUCAGAAGGUGGUGAUUGUAGUUUGCUUUUUUGAACGAUAUUUAAACAGACUUCUAUAAUGUAAAAACAACAUUGUGUCAAAAAGGGAAAUAUUGAGUAAUUUUGUUUUCUCUCUCAGUUGUAUAAAGCGCAAGGAUAUGAUUCUUUUUUUCACAAGGAAAUUUAGAUGAAUGUCGGAUUUAUGUAGUGCUAGCUGGCAGUAUAGUUUUUAUGUUUAAUUGAGGCUUUGAAACCUCCCAGAAGGGCUUCACAUCAGAAUGUAGAGGGUCGCCUGAAAGAUGGUUAGGGCUUAAAGGAGAGGUGAGAAUCCAUCCCUCAUUUACUCAGGUGAAUGUUGUUUGGCCAGGUAACAAUAGCGGUGGUUUUUCCGUCCAUGCUGAAUGCAGACCUUUAUGCUACGCUCUCUGCCAAUCUCCACCGUAGUCUUCUUGAGCACAACGAGCCGUUCCACACAUGCACAGAAAUUCUGCCUGCACCUACUCUUCCACAAUUGUUUCUCACACCAAGUGAUUUUUCACUCUUGGACAGAGCACAGGAGCAGCCUGUUUUGCGUUUUUGGAGAUGCAUCCAUCAAAGGACUGAGUCUUUUUAGCUCUCUGUAGACCUGGCCUAUGGAGGACCCCUGAUUGAGUUUAAGCGCUGCUGGUCAAUGUUGAAAAAUCAACAUCAGUCAUACUAAGCCUGUUAUUUUACUAACAUUUAGGUUUAGAUAGAACCUUUAUGUUUGUAACAAUAUUGGUAGCUAUUUGACAGACUAUAACUUAACAUAGCUUUCGGUCACAUGACCUACAACAAGACCUGAGGGCAAGAAGAGUUUAGGAAAGUUGCAGCUACUGUUUACCAUUGUGGCAUCGGCUUGUAAAUUUUUCAUAUCUUCAAAACGACACAUGGCUACAACAGAAAAACAGAGAUGAUAAUUAAAACUUCCGCUAAAGUUUUAGGCAGUUUGAAACCUUAAGCCCAGUCCAGACCAAAGAUUCGCAACAAGAUGGGCUGAACCUCACAAAUGCUUGCAACAGGCCCCUCCACAACAUUUUAAAAGCUGACCAGGCCACACUGCUGUGACUAGAGGAGACGAUGCAUAAUUUCCAUUGCAAUGACCCUUACAGCCACUCAGUUUAAAGUGGUUUCUUCCUGUAGUUACUGCUAAAUAAAUCUGUCGCUACAACAGGAACAGUGCUGCACAUGAAGUGUUUUUUAUCAUAAUGUGUAACAUUUUUAUCAUGUAUGGGUGCAUGAGAGGGAUUCUUCACUAAAUUCCCCCUCGUCAUCACCAGUUUAGGGCAGAAAGGCAAUUUCACAGCACAUUUAAACACAAAGAUAUCUGCUGAGAAUACUUAAUUUUCCACAAAUUUAUCUCCUACAGCCUUAAUAUCUCACAUAUUAGCUCAAAUAGUCCCAAAUAGCUUACGUGUGCAGCUGAUGGAGGAGACAGGAGUGUUAUGGUGUUUUUGAGUGAAAAGUUAAGAAAAAGGAGAACGGAUGUAAUCUUUUUAAAAAUUGAUAUCAUUAAUAUGAAUGCUCUACCUUGAACAAAUAUUUGUUGGUAUUUGUAGCUUCAAAAAAUGAGAUUUUAAUUCCACAUUUAUCUGCAUGCAGUGCUCCAAAACCAGAGGUUUGCGACUCGCCAAGCUGAAUCAUUAGCAAUAUGUUUAGACGGUCGGAUUCAAGCUGCUACAGCUUGGUUUCGACAACUGCAGUUGUCAGCAGCGAUAUUCUGAAACAGUGUCAUCACAUUGUGAAUCUUUGGUCUUAACUGGGCUGUAUACAGCACUCAGGACACUACUAACCGCCAGAAACGACAAACUCCCAGCCAUAUUUUCACUACAGAGAAUUUUAUGCACCAGCGUAUUGAGUGAAAAACCCUUUCUUAACACUAUCACAAUGAUGAGAGUCUACAGAUGUACAAUUUUAUGUAUUUAUAUGUCAUUUUAGCCAAUAACCAUGCUGUUUCAUUCAUGAAGAGCAACAAACUCUUCUUCAAAGUAUGAAUGAUGUUAAAGCUUACAUUAGCUAGUUUAAGUUUAGCUGGAAGUAGUUCAGGAUGACUGUCACGCUGAAACAAUAUUUGAUGGCAGGAAUUGGGGAAGUCAGUUAGCACUACUGUCUGUUGUAACCCACAGAAACAUCAGUGCAUCUAGCAGCAUUAAUACAACAGCUCCUUUCUAGGUUUUCUUUCUCAGAUAGCGUUUUGUAGAAGUAUGACCCAGGCUUGUCUCCUCAUUGGUCAUUGCAUCCAGUUGAGCAACAGAUUUCUUUCAUUUUAAAAAUCAGCAGGAUUCUGGUUAAAGCAUGACGAUGGCAACUGAAGCCAUCAACCUCUCUUCAGCCUACAGCAGUAGGGAGCCUUUCUUGCCCCCAGGAGGCAAUUUAUUAAGAGUGGAAGUAGCUGAGAAGGGAAAAUGAGCAACAAAACUUGAGAUGAAUGUGCAGCAUAUUCAGAAAAUUUGCAAGAUAAAAAGCACAUGCAAAACUUAAAACAUGCUGCAAAUGGAACAGAUGUGCAGAAAAAAAAAGUCAUAAUGACCACAGUGACAAGAAGCAUGCUGCAAACAGAAAUAACAGUCAAAAAAUAGGCAAACUUAAGAGCAUCUGUGGAAGCGAACCACUGAAAAAAGAGGUCCUCCAGGUCUGUAGGAAAGCUGUGGAGUAGUGUACUAUUAAUAAGCAGGAAUUAAGGAGAGCAGACAUUAAUAUUUUGUUAUGAUGGGAUCCCUAGUAUCAGAAUACAUGCCAAACAUGCUUUAGAUCUAUCCUCACUGUCAAAGUAAGCAAACUUUCCCUUCUUAACAAAAUAUCAGUGCCUGUACUCCUGCUUUACCCCCCUGUUAGUAUAAACUCUGCCUCAUAGUGCCCCAACAGACCUGGGGGAUUUGCAGCAUUUUCCUUUUCCUGUUUUCUUUUCAAAAAAAAAUUUUUUUUUUUCUUGCCAUUUUUUAUGCCUUUAUUGAUAGAGGAGGAUCUAUCUACUUUUCCCUUUAGACCAGUGCUGUAUGCAGUUGGCAGUGACACGAUGAUUCAAAUCGUGUUACAAAGAUAUGAAAGCAUCUACAACACUUGUGCAGAAAAGCUUUCCAAUGAAGUUCUGUGCAUGAAGAUCAAAAAGCAGGAUUUCAACAUCAUCAUUCCCAUCCUCAGUGAAUUUUCUUGAUCAUUACCUGCUGUGUUUAAACAUAAAAUUGCUUUGACUUCUUGCAGAACUUUUACCUAGCAGGAAAAGGUGUGUAAGAAGGUUAAGAUUUGUGUUCAUACAAGCAGCUCAUUUUGAAAAUUUCAGGCAUUUUGUGCAUGUGUGAAAAGGCUAACUGUUUUCUUCAGAGCAGGUGAUGGCAUACUGGAGCAAUGUUGCUAGCAGCCCUCAUAGGGAGCAUAACUGAAAUUCAGUGCAGAUUCUUAUUGUAUAAACUAAAUUUACAUGUACAGUGUUAGAAGAUGUGAGCUGAAUGCACAGCAGCUGUAGGGGUCUUUUCUGGUCUUUGUUGAUCACUCAGGGCUGCGCUGAUCUGCGUUAUUUUUUAACAAAUGGAGUCAGGAUUUUUCUCAGUCAGGAAACCUGACUUCUGUGAGGGUACAGCUUACAUCACAUGGUUUGAUUUAAUGUUUUUUUUUUUUUUUGUCUGUUACACUUAUUUAUAAAGUGUGGUAACGACAGAAAAUAUCCAUCCGUCUGCUUUUUUGAAUAUGAGACUCUCAGAUAUAGAACAAAAGCCAUAUUAGACACGUGAACCCACUGGUUUAGUUCAUUUUAGUCAACGCUAUUGACAUUCAUCAGCCUUAUAGUUAAAAAAAGUGCCCUUACAUUUGAUCUCUGCAAGUAUGGAAGCCCAUUACUGCCAGUGAAAAAAGGAAAUGCAUAUCUGCGUAUUCAUGGAUUAAAGAAGUUAAGUCUUCAGUCAUAUUUUGCAGAUAAAAUAUAGAUACAAGGUAAAAAGUCAAAAAUAUGACAUAAAAGACAAAAAUCAUGACAUUUAAAAUAAUCUGACAUCAGUAGGUCCAUCAUAGAAAGUUGAAAUUAUAUUGUUUAAGAUAACUAGAACUGCCGCCUGGUGGUUAUGCACCUUUGUGAAAUAUUUCUGGCCAGAGAAAGUUCCAUGGCAGGUCUAGAGGAAAGUCUUGGGAGGUUUAUGUGGUGGUGUGCUUGGUAGAAAUCUUCUUUCUUUAGCAGUGUAGGAUCGUGGUUUGUAAUACUCCUGAUUUAAGAGCUCAUUAAGUGUAAAAGGGUCAGUUUGAGGCUUGAAAUAAUGACUGUUGACCCAACCAAAAGCAGGAAAAAACCAUAUUGAAAAAACAGAAAAUCCCAGAACAAUUUUUAAAAUAAUGUGCUCAAAAGCUUUAAGGGCACAGUGACCUUUGACCUCCAAAAAAAAACUUGAGUCAGAGUGAACAUUUGUUCGGAGUUUGAAGAAAAUCCCUGAAAGUAUUCUUGAGAUAUCACGCUCACGAGAAUGGGCGGGUGGGCUGAGGUGUGAAACAACAAUCCAAAAUUCUCAUCCAGGGCUGUCAUGGAAAUAAACACAUUGAGUUUGGAUAAAGUUAUAAAAGUCAGAAUUAUGAGAUUAAAAAGGAAUAAUUCCUGAGAUUGAUACAAUAUAUAGAAAUUGUUAGAGUAAAUCAUAAUCACAACAUGUAAAGCCAGAACUGUGCACUCGUUAUGUCAUUAUUAUGACUUUUUACUUUUCACAUCACAUUUCUGACUUUUUAUCCUAUUUUUUAAAUUUCUUUGAUAAUUACAAGUUCCUUCAAAUAAUUUAGAAAUUUUAUCUUACAACUCUUUUAUCCCCCAAUUUAAAUUUUUUAUGUUAUAAUUCCAACUUUUAUUUAUAUAACUUUUAUUCCAUGAUUUUGAUUUUUUUUUGUCUUGUGAUUUUGACUUUUCUUCUCACG